CUCUGAUUGGUCGGUUGCGCUUCAACGCAGCGCGCGCCACGCCAUCCCCGCACACCUGCGCGCUUGAGCGGCAGCAGCCUCAGCCAAUGGGCGCGUCCGUGUCUCCACCGGCGGACAAUCAGCGGAGGAGGGAGGAGUUAGUUUGCAGGAACUGCGAGUGAAAACAGACAGCAGGAGGAAGCAGCAGAAGUGAAUUAUCGAUUAGUGAUAUCGGUUAUAGAUUCUGCCCUCCGUUAAAACCGGCCUCCGCGCGAACGAUGACCGCGGCCGCGGCCGGAGCGCAAUCAUGCGAUGGCGGUGUGUAGUGGUGGCGCUGCUGGUGCUGCGCGCGGCCCUGAACUGCGCGCUGUGGCUCGCGUUCGGUCUGGGUCCGAGCUGGGGCUUCAACUUCCCUCUGCACUUCAGCUUCAACCGGCCCGCCUCCCUCCCCGAGCCCGCCGGGGUCCAGCCCGGUAAUGACGCGUGGUCCCGCCGCCUGUACCCGCAGGGCGCGCCGGGGGACGCGACCUGCUCCCGGGUCAGCGCCAACACCCCCAAAGAGUCCUACCUCAGCUUCUUCAAAGAGAGCCGAGACGAGUAUGACAGGAAGUACAGCUCCUUCCCGCACGCGCUCCGGGUGAAGAUGAGGAGGAUGGCGAAGGACAUGUUUUAUUUCGGAUAUGAUAACUACAUGAAACACGCCUUUCCGGAGGAUGAGCUCAACCCAAUAGACUGCGCGGGCCGGGGACCAGACACCCUCAACCCGUCGAACAUCAACAUUAACGAUGUGCUUGGAAACUACUCCCUGACCCUUAUUGAUACUCUGGAUACUCUGCUGGUGCUUGGAAAUGUGUCAGAGUUUCAUCGGGCUGUCAAACUCGUGAUUGACACUGUCUCCUUUGACAAGGAUUCCACAGUACAGGUGUUUGAGGCGAACAUCAGGAUCCUGGGCAGUCUGAUCUCUGCACAUAUUCUUCUGACUGAUCCUCGACACCCUUUUGGAGAUAUAGGGCUGGAUGAUUAUGAUGAUGAGCUGCUACACCUGGCGCAUGACCUGGCUGUCCGGCUGCUGCCCGCCUUCGAGAACACCAGCACAGGAAUCCCCUACCCCAGGGUGAAUCUGAAGCGUGGUGUUCCUGCUGACAGCAUUAAUGAGACGUGUACGGCGGGGGCGGGGUCUCUAUUGGUGGAGUUUGGCAUCCUGAGCCGUCUGAUUGGAGACUCCACGUUCGAGUGGGUGGCCAGGAGGGCCGUCCGAGCUCUGUGGAACCUGAGGAGCAACGAGACGGGGCUGCUGGGAAACGUGGUGAACAUCCAGACGGGUCAGUGGGUGGGGAAGCAGAGUGGUCUGGGUGCAGGAAUGGACUCGUUCUAUGAGUACCUGCUCAAAUCCUACAUCCUUUUUGGGGAGAAAGAAGACUACAAGAUGUUCACAGCUGCUUACGAGAGCAUCCAGAGCCACCUGAGAAGAGGGAGAGAGGCGUGUAAUGAAGGAGAAGGGGAUCCUCCCCUUUAUGUGAAUGUAAACAUGUUUAAUGGGCAGAUCAUGAACACCUGGAUUGAUUCUCUUCAGGCGUUCUUUCCUGGACUUCAGGUUCUAAACGGAGAUGUGGAGAACGCUAUCUGUCUGCAUGCUUUCUACUAUGCAAUCUGGAGGCGGUUUGGGGCGCUGCCCGAAAGGUAUAACUGGCAGCUGCAGGCCCCGGAUGUGCUCUUUUACCCUUUAAGACCAGAGCUGGUGGAGUCCACAUACCUGCUCUAUCAGGCCACCAAGAAUCCCUUCUACCUUCAUGUCGGCAUGGACAUCCUUCAGAGCCUUGAAACAAAUACCAAAGUCAAGUGUGGUUAUGCUACACUCCAUCACGUGGUGGAUAAAUCCAAAGAAGAUCGUAUGGAGAGUUUCUUCCUCAGCGAGACCUGCAAGUACCUUUACCUGCUCUUCGAUGAAGAAAACCCACUUCACAGGUCUGGGAGUCGCUAUAUUUUCACCACAGAGGGUCAUGUGGUGCCCAUAGACCCACGCUUUAGGGAGAAGAGCUGGGAGGAGCACUUACCCUGUGAGGAGCCAGCCAGGGAGCCAAUCAAGCAGCCUCAAGCCAAUAUCAGCAAUUGUGAACGCAUCCCUGAGGAGCGGCGCUACGCUCUCCCACUGAAGAGCAUGUACAUGAGACAGAUCGACCACAUGGUGGGGCUCUCCUGACCUCAGCGCUGCUUCCUGAAGACUCGGGUCUCAACACUAAACCCCCUGGAGGGGUUCAGCAGCUCGGCUCUCCAAACUGAGAACUUUUCUUUCUUUUUCUUCUCGUUUUUUGUUUGUUUGCACAAUGAGCUGAAUUUCCUCGUAAAAAACCCUUAACCCAGCGCUGGUGCUGCUCUGUUCGGCGGGGAGCGGCUGGUCUGAGCAGGCUGGUAGAGAGAGAGCAGAGAGUAAAUCUGAGAGGAUGGGAAUCUUUUGAGAAAUACAGAUUCUUAAAAAAAAAAGUGGACCAGAAUGCAUAUUAUACAGAUAUCACAUCACAUUAUUAACCUGCUGACUGUGGGCUAACCUCCACGUCUGUAGUUCUAAAUGCUAAAAAAAAAGUAUUCCUUUAAGUUAGUGAUGCACCAAAAUGAACAUUUUGGGCCAAAAACUAAAUCAGAAAAAAAUAAAUUAAAAAAAUGAUACUAAUAAAUGAACAUUUUUUGCUGUUUUUUAGUUAUUUGACCACUAUUUCACCAUUGCAUAGCUUAAACAGCCUAAAUGUAUCUUUGUCUUGGCAAUUACGAAAAAAAAAAAUAUAUAUACACAUACAUACAUCUCAAACAAUUAAAAUAUCAUUGAAAAGUUACUUUAAUUUAGUAAUUCAGUUCAAAAUGUGAAACUCAUAUAUUAUAUAUAUAUAUAUAUAUAUAU